GAGCCUGAGCGCGUUCACGCUUUAUUUACCGUAACACGUUGAUCAAAAUCUCGACGUUGCUUGAUCUGUGCCGUCGUGUAUAGAGCUUUCCCGCCUCUUCGCUUCGUUCUAAUGACGAAUACAAUACAUUUCAGAGCGUUGUCGUUGGUCAAUGAGCAGAGGAGUGCAUAUGGGCUUCGAUAUCAUGAUUUCACUCGUUAUAGGUGCGAUGACAAUAUUUCUUCACUCAGAAUGAUUUCCAAGGAGAAUGUAGGAAGCAUUGCGCAAACAGGACUCAUCGUUUGAGAACAAUUCUGAAACUCACACAUGGCAGAGGUCGCGAAUUUAAGAAAGUUAUCCCUCCCUCUCUAGAACAUAUCAAGAGCGGCUACCUGGAAUUACUGCUUUUCGAGGCUGAACGUGCCUGGGCGUAUUCACAAGACUUGAACACACAAUCCCUCCAACCAGGAAACUCUGAAAAUGCAAGAUCGAUUAGGCAUCAUGCUACUGGAAGAUUUCGUCGGAGUAUUCAUUGGGCCACGCAACUCUUAUCUCAUUGCCAAACUUUCUACGAUUCAGGUCGAUUGUCUGCAGAAAACCUCCUUGAAGUAACUGUCUACACCUUGAUGCUCAACGGCCGGUUCCUCCGUCAGCGAGAUGAGUUCGAGGACGCGCUUACUCAACUUUGUGUCGCUCGCAACCUUCUAAAUGAAUUGGCGGAUGCAGCACCUACUAGUCGGGAUCAAGCCCUUGCUACCUUUUUCUCUGACGAGAUCGGACCCGAAAUACGAUACUGUGCCCAUGAACUUGGAAGAUCGAAGGCCUAUGAUGUGGAAGGCAUUGUGCAUGAAAUCUCGGGGGGGUAUAAAAACAAGUUGGUGGAGGGGUGCGAUUCAAUUCUUGCAAAAUUCAAGGAUGAAGUGACUUUUGGGAAAGGAGAGAGCUUAAAGAAAUUGGAACCUCUCAUAUGGGAGAAGGAGCCGGUACCAGUACGGAAUCCGGAGCUUGUGGACGUUUUGUUGAAGGUUCAACAAGCAGAGAAGAAACUCAGAGCCUUUUCUGGAGCGACCGACGGAAAGAACAGUGCGCCUGGUUCGAAGAAAGGAGUCGCUGCUUAUGAUGCGAUCCUUCUUGCUCUCAGUGAUGCGGAAGAAGUAGCCCGAAAGCUGUCCGAAGCGGAGCAGUCUAGUGGACAAAGUCCUAACUCUGCUAGUGGAUCGCGUAACCUUCAUUUUAUACACAACUUUAUCACUUACCAGCUGCUUUCACACCGCAUUCAAAGGGAUUUGCUACUCGUCUCUGCGUUGACCUUACAGGCGACAAGCACCCAGAAAGGACUGCAGACGACGAAGGGUAACACACCACAGGUUGAUAGUCGCCUGUUCCCGGCAACUGUAAAAUUAUUAGACACAAUCCUACAAAGCCUGGAACAGAUGCGAACGUUGAGCAUCGUCGAGGAAACUCCGGAUUUGGCGUCGGCUGUCGAAGCCCGUAUUUCGUAUACGAAGGCUAGAAGGUGCCUUGAGGUCUCACGGUGCUAUGCACCAUUAAAAAAAUAUGCCGAGUCAUUGGCACUCCUUCAACACCUGAACAUCCAUAUCCGCGAGACGAACAGUCUAAUGUCGCUCUCCCCGACCGACGCCAUCUCCUCUGCGACACCAUCCUUCUACAUUAUCUGUAGCACAGACGUUGCCAAACUCGAAAAUGAAGCAUCAACCGAAAGCCUACGGUUCAAGCGCGAGUGGCUCACAUAUAAUGGAGGAUCCGUUAGUGGCGAUCCAACUCUAUACAAGAAGCCAUUAUUCUUCAACAUAGCGUUGAAUUACGUGGAUUUGAAUGUGGAUAGACUUCAGAAGAGGGUAGGGAAACUACAAGUCGUUCCACCAACUGUUGUGGUCGCACCUUCAGCGGUCAAAUCGGAGACAGUGGCACAAAAGAAGGCGGCACAAAUCGAGCAUGAACCGAGGCCUGCUACUCCAGAACCCAGAAUUGCUCCUGCGAGAAGUGGUCUAAGCAGCCUUUUGGGUGGAUGGUGGGGCAAGAGCUGAAAGUGGAGAAGAUCCCCAGGAUAGCUUAUUGUAUGAAAAGAUGUAGCCUUGAAGUUUUAAAGCUUGGGAGCUGGAUUACUUUAUCGUGAACGGAGUGAGCAAUCUAGAUUCGUGUUGAGGCC